CACUUCAAAUCUAAUCCACAAAGCCUUUCACACCAUCUCAUCUCUCUCUCUCUCUCUCUCUCUUUUUUCCUUUCCCUCAUUAAAAAAACGAGAUAUGGAAGAUUACGAGCGAAGCUCAAACUCUCCAACACAUGAAGAAGAUGCUGAUGUACGGAAAGGUCCAUGGACUGAAGACGAAGAUGCUAUUCUCGUCAACUUCGUUUCCAUCCACGGUGAUGCUCGCUGGAACCACAUCGCUCGUUCCUCAGGACUUAAGAGAACUGGUAAGAGUUGUAGAUUAAGAUGGCUUAACUACUUGCGUCCAGAUGUUAGACGAGGCAACAUCACACUUGAAGAACAGUUUAUGAUCCUCAAACUCCAUUCUCUAUGGGGCAAUAGGUGGUCAAAGAUUGCACAAUAUCUACCGGGAAGAACAGAUAAUGAAAUAAAGAAUUAUUGGAGGACUCGGGUGCAAAAGCAAGCUAAACACCUUAGAUGCGAUGUUAAUAGCAAUCUUUUCAAGGAGACAAUGAAAAAUGUUUGGAUGCCUAGACUGGUGGAAAGAAUCAACGCCCAAACACCAUCACCCACGUAUGAGCAAGUGGACUCUAUGGUCACCGACCCAAGUCAACCCACUGCCGAACCAAGUCCGGUCGAACCGGGUUUUGUUCAGUUUAACCAGAAUCAUUAUUGUCACCAGCAACAGUUCGUGCCAGCGUCAGACGUGUCAGCAACGUCUUCGAAUUCGCCUGCUGAUGAGACGUUAUCGGAAGUUCAAGGAGGGGUAGUGAACGGUUCGGGUUAUGAACCAGCGGAUCAAACGGGUUUCGGUGGGUUCAACGAUUGGGGAUGUGUUGGUGGGGACAACACGUGGACGGAUGACGAGAGUUUUUGGUUCUUGCAGGAGUUGUGUAAUGAAACGACAUCGUACUCGUAUAAUUAAGGAAAUAUACGAUUACGGUACGUAACGAGGAAUUCAAUUGCGUCACGUUUGGUGUAAUAUUCAUUCGAGCGUGAUGCCAAUUUUAGAUACGGCCUUGGUAUACGAAUCUUGACUUAAUUUAAUAUGCUCUUUUUUCUCUCUCGAUUAUAUUAAGAUAUAUGAUCAUCACACGAGUAUAUUGUGAUUUGUGAUAUACAGUAUGUGAAUUAUUCAAUAUUA